AUCCACCAGUGGACUGUUUUUGUACCUACAGGAUUCUACUUCAGGAAAAAAGAAACUGUCUCCUGAUGCAGCUGGAAGAAGCCACCCGCCUAACGUCCUAUCUCCAGUCCCAGUUACAAAGCCUGUCCGCCAGCACCCUGACCGUCUCCUCGGGGAGCAGCCGCGGCUCCCUGGCCUCCAGCCGCGGCUCCCUGGCCUCCAGCCGGGGCUCCCUGAGCUCCGUCAGCUUCACCGACAUCUACGGCCUCCCGCAGUACGAGAAGCCCGACGCCGAGGGCGGCCCGCUCCUGCGCUUCGACCUCGUCUCCUUCGACUCCCUGGGCCGGGACGCCCCCUUGGCGGACGCCCCGGGCCCCGCGGGCCUGCACAAACAGAGGCGCUCCCUGGACACGCCGCAGUCCCUGGCGUCCCUGUCCUCGCGCUCCUCCCUGUCCUCGCUGUCCCCGCCCAGCUCGCCCUUGGACACGCCCUUCCUCCCGGCCUCGCGAGACUCGCCCCUGGCCCAGCUCGGGGACGCCUUCGAGGUGGCGGGCCUGGGCGCCCUGGACAGGCUGCGCGCUCAGGCCUCCGCCUUGGGGGACGAAGACCCGCCGGGCGCGGCGUCCCUGCCGCCGCACGGGUGCCCCGGGGACGGGGAAGGACCUCGCGAGCGAGGACCCCAAGCGGCUGCCGCUCCCACGGCUGCACCAGUGACCCCCCGAGAAGACAGCGCCCAGAGGCUGGAGCGGAGAGUGCGCUGCGUGUCUGCCUGCCUGUCCGAUUACUCGCUGGCCAGCGACAGUGGCGUGUUUGAACCUCCCACCAAAAGGAGUGAGGACGCCGACGAGCCUGUGCCUGGAGACGCUUGCGGUAACGAGGGGCCCCAGAUCCAUGUUGGAUUCUUGCACGACAGUGCCAGCGAGCGUCUCCUCGUGAACGUGCUCCAACUGAAGAACUUUGCCGGGCUGGUGGUGAAGGAAGACUGCAAAAUCAGGAGCUCAUCGAGAGCAUCGGUCGCAAGCUGCAGGUGCUGCGGCAGGCGCGGCAGAGCCUGCGGGAGGACAUGCGGGCCAACAGCGCGCUGGGGGACGAGGUGGAGGCCCUGGCCAAGGCCGUCUGCAAGCCCAACGAGUUCGACAAGUUCCGCAUGUUCAUCGGGGACCUGGACAAGGUGGUGAACCUCCUGCUGUCGCUGUCCGGCCGCCUGGCCCGCGUGGAAAACGCCCUCAACAAUCUGGACGACGGCACUCCUCCCGGCGAU